AUGACAGAGACAUUGAAUGUCAUAGUCAAUAACGGAUCAAGCGUAGGCGCUUAUACACUUGAUCUGAUUGCGCCUCCGAAGUUGACUUCGGAGAUCACUCAGUUGCCAACGCUCGAACAUAAAAGGUUCUUGCGUGAUCUGCGUAGUGGCAAAGUCAAGCAGAUCUGCGUACUCGUCGCUGACGACGAGUGUGUAGCCGACAUAAAGUCAGCAACAGUGUUUAUUGAGAACGAGAGAGUUCUCAGUAGUUCAUCUAUGGACGAGAGUGUCCUUAAUGAAAAGACACGAGUUGAGCGAUAUGACUCUCAAUCGUGGGAAUCGCUCAAGACCAAUCCUCUCUAUGAAGAUUUGGUUGAAUUCAAGGAUGGAUUCCCUGAAACUGUUCCGUGCAAAUUACCGAAGGAUAAAGGUAUUCGACACGAGGUCGAGCUUAAACCAGGCUCGAAGUACUGUGUCAUGAAGCAGUGGCCACUGCCUCGUGAACAAGUACUUGCGAUCGACAAGUUCUUUGCCGAUCGUUUAGCUGCGGGCCGUGUGAGCGAAUCAGUUUCCCCACACAGCUCUCCGACCUUCUGUGUGCGAAAAGCAACAGGAGGGUGGCGGAUAGUGCAUGCGUUCAACAAAUUGAACGCUGCAACGGUACCGGCUCAGACGCCGAUACCGAGGAAGGACGUAAUCAUUGAUGGUAUGUCAAAGAGUACCAUCUUUUCGUCCAUGGAUUUGAUGGAUGGCUUCUAUCAAAUCCUUAUGCGAGAACGGGAUAUACCCUAUACCGCAGUUAGCACGUCUAGCGGCAUGCUCUGGGAAUGGCUAGUAAUGCCACAAGGGCUUAGUAAUGCCCCUGUCACGUUCAACAGAUGUGUAUAA